AUGAGACCAGACCACCGUCCUAAAUAUUGUUUCGACAGAAAUGUACGCUCUUACGUUCCUACAUCGGCGGGGAUGGACGGCCAAAACCAGAAGGGUCUAACCGAUGGGGUGGGUGAUGAACGAGGUUCUCCGGCUAUACUCGCCGGCACCGAACGUGCAGAGGCAAGCAAGAGAAGACAUCCGGUGGGCGAGGCGACGUUUCCGAAAGGUACCAAUGUGUGGAUCGAUGUAGUGGCCAUGCACCACGACCCCUCUCUCUGGGGAGACGACGUCAACGAAUUCCGGCCGAGAGGUUCUCUGACGACCUUUACGGAGGGUGCAAGCACAAGAUGGGUUUCCUGCCGUUCGGGUUCGGAGGAAGGAUGUGCGUUGGCAGAAAUUUAUCCACGAUGGAGUACAAGAUCAUUCUCAUUCUCUAUCUCCCCAGAGUACCGCCAUCGUCCAUCUUACUUGCUCUCUCUGAGGCCUAGUCACGGGCUGCCUCUGGUGCUUGAGCCUCUCAGAUUGUGA